AAGCAAAGUGGCCAGAGGAGAUCAGAAGCUGGCAAAGAUGUGAAACUUGCAAUGGAAUAACCAUAAUGAGAGUUUCUGGUGAUUCAGAGGUGUUGAUGAUGCCAUUCUGAAGCUGCUGCUUUUGCAAUUGAUGUGAGUUCUGUUCAACCUCGGUCUGCUCUGCACGUGCCCAGUGAUUUGCUCCAUGUUGAUAGUACUAGUCUAAUAGAACAUGAAUCUGAUUUAGCUUGCUAAGAAUUUUACCAUUUACCAUGCAUCCCUGCAAGUGAUAAUAAGCUGAAGAUUUGUAAUACUGAUUGAGAGAGUACUGGAUUUGAUUUUCCUCUCCUUGUCUGAAUUUGAAUUGUCAGUGUGUCUUGUACUGAAUUUCUGUAUUUCAGGGAGCUCCUGAGGUCUGUAUGCACUGAGUGCAGAUUAAGCAUGAAAGUUAAGUGUUACUCCCUAUUAAACUGUAACUUCAGCCUAUUGUUAUUUGGGAUUUGGACAAUGAAGAAAGGAAACAUCACUUUGGACAAGUAGCUCUUUCAUGACAGUUUGUUCUUUCAUCUAAACUGCACUAAAAAAAUAUAUAAUCUGCUGCUUUGUUCAUAGUCACGCAACAAAUGAUGCAGUGCUUUGUUCUUGUAACUUGAUGGACGCCGGCUAAUGCCUGUCAACAAUUUGCAUGAACUCGCUUUGGGAUCUCCUAUUUUGCUUCCACAUGUGCCUCAUGCAUGAACGAAACAGCCAACGUGUACUACAUAGCUGACGAAGCCUGACAGCUCGGCUAUAGACAGAUGCUGUGGCAUCACGAGGCAAUAGUGGUCGAACACUUCACAUUUGUGUUAGAUUGAUCUCUAACCAACGGCUAAAAGGGCCUUGAUCACGUUCUGGUCGGGGGUGUCCAGCCUAAUAGGCUGGUAGGCCCGUCACACUACGCAACAUAAAUAGGGGUGGAGGCUGGCGUGGCACGACACACGAAGUUCGUCGCCGUUGCUCUCCACCCCACAAAACCCUAGCCGAUCAGAAGGGGGCGCAGCCAGUGACGGGAUCGCCACCGCCGCACCGCUUCCUCGCCGGACCACUACUACCACGUCCCCGCCGGACUUCGCCGACGAUGGCUGGUCCCCCCUCAUCCGCAAGCGGUUCAACCGUUGUUGCGAUGCAGGUGAGGAUGGUGUCGCUGCUGGUUCUGGUGGCCGCCGCGGUGUGCUUGUCGGCGGCCGGCGGCGCGGCCGCGCAGCAGGCGAGCGGCGUGGUGGCGACGUUCAACAUGUACAACCCGGGCAGCAUCGGCUGGGACCUCCGCGCCGUGAGCGCCUUCUGCUCGACGUGGGACGCCGACAUGCCGCUGGCGUGGCGGCAGCGCUACGGCUGGACGGCGUUCUGCGGCCCCGCCGGCGCGCACGGCGAGCCCUCCUGCGGCCGCUGCCUCCAGGUGACGAACACGGCGACGGGGGCGCGCACGGUGGCGAGGGUGGUGGACCAGUGCUCCAACGGGGGGCUCGACCUCGACGUCGCCGUGUUCCGGCAGAUCGACACCGACGGCGGCGGCAUGGCCAACGGACACCUCGUCGUCGACUACGAGUUCGUCGACUGCCAAGACUAGGAGCUCCAGUUCGUUCAGUUGAUCGUCGGUCGACAUAUAAACACAACGAAUUGGUUGUUAAAUUUCAGCACAUCACGUAUUUGAUUGUUUGUUUUGUUUCAUGAAAUAAGAAUGGGAAACAAAUUAAUUCGCCGAGAGAUAAAAUGUUGUUGACUAAAUACGUUAUUAUUAAU